ACUCUCGCUCUUUUUCAUCCCUGCUGCUGAACCUACCAGUCAUCGGCUCAUCGUCUCCGAUUCGGAUACAUAGAUAGAUAUAGACUCGUACACAUUGUUAAAUCCAUACGCAGUACAUACAUAACUCUGUGCCCAUUUUGAUCCACAGGGGUUUUUUGUCGGCGCAAUUGCUUUGGCGGUGGCCAUGAACGGCGAAGAUGACCGUGUGGUGCCGGAAUUGAAGCUGAUCGUGGAGGGAGACAAUGGGGACUACGGGGAACUGCGAGAAUCGGAUUGCUGCCCCGUAGAAGAGUUUGAUGGGGGCGGGGCUCAGCAACCUGGAAAUCUUGGAAGAUGGUCGUGUUUGUGGUGGUGGACUAAGGUCGCGCUGUCGUUGAUCUUCGUGGCGGUUUUGGCUGCUGUUUUUCUCAAGUGGAUCGGCCCCUUCUUCAUGGAUAAGGAAAUCAUCCCUAUAAUUAACUGGGAGAGGAGCACCUUCUGCACGCCAAUUCUAGCAAUUUUACUCUUUGCUUCAGUUGCAUUGUUUCCUACUUUACUGCUUCCAUCUACACCCUCUAUGUGGGUGGCUGGUAUGACCUUUGGUUACGGGUUUGGUUUUCUGUUAAUCAUUGGUGGGGCAGCUAUUGGCGUAUCUCUUCCAUAUUUCAUUGGUUCACUCUUCUAUCACAAAAUUCAAGGGUGGUUAGAAAAGUACCCCAAAAAAGCUUCCAUUAUAAGAUUAGCUGGUGAAGGAAAUUGGUUUAAUCAGUUUCGGGCUGUCACUUUAAUCAGAAUUUCUCCAUUCCCCUACAUAAUAUACAAUUAUUGUGCCGUGGCAACAAAUGUUAAAUAUGGACCUUACUUGCUGGGUUCACUGCUUGGAAUGGUGCCAGAAAUUUUUGUUGCUAUUUACACUGGUAUAUUAAUUCGAGCUUUGGCUGAUGCGUCACACGAUCGAGUCUCCCUUUCAGCACCACAAAUCAUCUUUAAUAUUCUCGGUUUUUGUGCAACUGUGGCCACAACGAUAAUAGUUACAAUAUAUGCAAAACGACGGCUCAAGGAACUACAAGAGGCAGAUGAGCUACUGCUGCUACAAUAAGCUCCUCUUUCCUUUCUUCUCCCUGAUUCUCGUAUGUUUUACAGCAGAGAAUCAUCAUAUUUGCAGAUGUAAAGAAAGAGGAACGGCUGGAUGGAUGGGUUUUGAUUCAUUCGCUUCAUCCUCUGGGUUACGUGAUGAUGAUGUGAUGUCAAUAGAAUUCUGGUGAAAUUGUUUGGGCUGUAAUUCAUUGUUGGCAUCUGCACUAAUAAACCCCACUGUAUCUGGGCUUUGAGGAGGAGGAAGAGGAGGGAGUCAUUUGUAUAUAUAAUUGAAAUGCUGUAAAGAUUUGGUGAAAUUCUUUGGACCUGUGGGAUAUGUCCGUCCAAGGUUGAACCCCUCUUUCCCAGUUGACAACAAAAAUUGUGGAUAUAUAUAUAUAUAUAUAUCUAUAUU